UGCAGGUCAACUAUGAGACAAACCUACUCAACACCAAUUCCUCUAGGACCAACUCGCUAUCUAACGCAUGCUUGAAUCACUCUUUUUCCUGUUUAUUGCCCUGGCAGCAGGAGCGAUUGCAGCCCCUGCGGCCCAAAUUCCGCUGACGACCGUGAUUCUAGAUUGUGAGCACCACACAGGCAAAUCUCUGCCGGCUCAAUUAAUCUCUUCCGGUGCGGUAGAUGCGACAUUCACCGGCCGCGCCAACGAGACGACCGGGUUGACAUACUUCCUCGGGAUGCGGUUCGCAGACGCACCCGUUGGCGACUUGCGCUGGCGAGCCCCCGUCUCGCCCCCGUCUACGCCGCUCGGAAGCGUGAACGCAACAGCGUACGGAUCAGCUUGCAUCGGUGCAUCGCAGCCCAACGCGGGGGCGACGACAAGCGAGGACUGCCUGUCCACGAACGUUUACCUUCCUACAAACGGCACGACGCCGACAAGCAAGCUGCCCGUCCUCGUGUUCAUGUAUGGCGGUGGGUUUGAGUCAGGCAGAUCGAGCAAGUUCCCGCCGGAGGAUCUCCUGCCGGCGUCCGCGCAGCCGCUGAUUCUCGUUACGUUCAACUACCGGGUGGGGCAAUUCGGGUUCCUCGCUGGGACACCCGUCCACGACGAGGGCGUGAUCAAUGUUGGGCUGCUUGAUCAGCAAGCGGCGCUGAAAUGGGUGCAACGCUAUAUCAGCCUAUUUGGGGGAGAUCCUACACGCGUCACACUCUGGGGCCAGAGCGCCGGGGCUGGAUCCCUCCUGUACCACGUCAGUGGCUUCUUUUCUGGUUUCUCCGAUGAAUACCUUGCUGAUCGUGUGAAGAUGAUUGCCCAAGGAGGAACGGCGAACGAGGGACUGUUCAGUCAGGUGAUCGGUGACAGCCCACCCACGCUCUAUCUUCCUUCCUACGACGAUCCCCACGUCACUACCUUAUUCAACACCUUCAAUUCACUGGCAGGAUGCGACGAUGACGGAGACGACAGCGCCUCGAUAAUGGACUGCCUGCGGGGUGCAUCGACCGCGACAAUCGCUUCAGCGGGCGCGUCAACGCUGGACGCUCUACCGGAUGCGCUGUUCCCCCUCGUGCCGAUUCUCGAUGGCGUAUAUCUUACUCAACGAACAUAUGACGCGUUGUCGAGCGGGAGCUUCAUGCGGGUUCCAGCUAUUUUCGGGUCCAACACGAACGAGGGGGCUCGAUGGUCUGCCGAUCUCACCGAUCCGGGCGCCAACACGUCAAGCCCGAACGCGGACGAAGACACGGUGUUCGCUUUCCUAGUGGGCCAGUAUCCGACGCUCACGCAGGACACGUUCGUCGCCGCCGUCUCGCAGCACUACCCCCUCUCGGCGUUCGCAGGGAACGUGAGUCUUCAGGGGCAGCAGAUGUACGGCGAGCUGCGGUACAUCUGCACGUCGGUGCUGGGUGCGCGGUCUGCCGCAGUCCAGGGGCUUCCUGCGUAUGGAUACCGUUACAACAAUCCCCUCAGAGGGUCCAAUCACGGCGACGAGCUCGAUUCGUUCUUCCUGACACCGCCGACAGUCGAUGCGGCCGAUGCGGCCCUCGUGUCGAACAUGCGGCAGUACUGGACGUCGUUUGCCACCACUGGGACCCCCUCGGCUGCAGGAGCUCCUGUUUGGACUACUUUUGAUGUUCCGGCGAUUCCUUCCGGCGCCCGAAUUCUCCUCCAGCCUGGUGGCGUAUCGAUGGAAGCGGUCGAUUCGGGUUUGUUGGAUCGUUGUGCAUUCUGGGCGAGCGUGAAAGACGAACUGUCCAUUUGAAACUCAUAGAAGUGCUGGCUAGUGAUCGCCUUCGGUGGCAUGACACUGGAACUUCACAUUCAUAAUCCCAAACUCAGACUAUUGUACAUUACGAGAACGGAAGCGUCUCAAUCUUUGUCUUCGUCGCGGGAACUCAGGAUUCAUGAUGAUUAUCUACCCAAGCUCAGGCAAUGCGGAAAGGAUGUAGAAAAAAAACCAGCAAUUACUGUGUGACAUCAGGUUCCGGGCCUUCUCUUACGCAACCCACACUUACUUUCACAUCCGUGCUCAUGUGCAUAGCCAAUAUAUUGCAUGUAUACUUCUAGACC